UGGGUAAGGUCUGAGUCAAAUCGGACACUGAUGCUCCUCCUCCAGUCCUCUUCCCCGGGUGCCUGCGGCUCUGAUAGCGGUCGCUACUGCUCGCAGUGACUCUGUCCUGCGCCUCAGGACGUAGCCCACCGUGCCUCUGAGGCGUGUGAUUUUUGUCCCGGCUCGGGCUGGCAGCCGCAGCAAUGCUGGGCGCUGUGCUGCGAAGAAGGAGUUGCUCCUGUGUCAGGCGCAGAAGGAGUCUGUGCCCCACUCUCCCUAGCAGCAGUGGCUGCCCUGCCUCGCCCCUCUGCCCCAGCCCUCUGAGAAUCCUCUCCUCACCUAGCAGCAGCAGAGGGGUGCAGGGAAGCUCUCUCCAGCCAGGUGCUAAUAAGGUGAAGCCGCUAGAAGGUGUGAAAAUUCUUGAUCUAACAAGGGUACUUGCAGGACCCUUUGCAACAAUGAAUUUAGGAGACCUAGGAGCGGAAGUUAUUAAAGUGGAAAGACCAGGAGUUGGUGAUGACACAAGAGCCUGGGGACCACCUUUUGUUGGAACAGAAAGCAUUUAUUUUCUCAGUGUAAAUCGAAAUAAAAAGAGUAUAGCUGUCAACAUGAAAAAUCCAAAAGGAGCAAAGAUAAUCAGAGAGCUUGCAGCUGUGUCUGAUGUUUUUGUGGAAAAUUAUGUCCCUGGGAAACUGGCUGAAAUGGGCCUGGGGUACGAAGACAUUAACAAGAUUGCUCCUCACAUUGUGUAUUGUUCAAUAACAGGUUAUGGUCAGACUGGUCCAGUGUUUCAGCGAGCAGGUUAUGACUCUAUUGCAGCGGCUGUUUCUGGUCUUAUGCAUAUCACAGGACCGGAGGAUGGUGAUCCAGUUAGGCCAGGAGUAGCCAUGACAGACCUUGCUACAGGGCUGUACACGUAUGGAGCAAUCAUGGCCGGCCUGCUUCAAAGAUAUAAAACUGGGAAGGGACUUCACAUUGACUGCAAUCUAUUGUCAUCUCAGGUUGCAUGUCUUACCCAUAUAGCAGCUAAUUACCUUAAUUGCAAAAUGGAAGGAAAGCGGUGGGGUACUGCUCAUGGCAGUAUUGUUCCUUAUCAGGCUUUCAAAACUAAGGAUGGCUACCUGGUGGUGGGAGCUGGGAAUGAUCAGCAAUUUGUCACCGUGUGCAAGAUCCUGAAUUUGCUUGAAGUUAGUAAAGAUUCCAGAUAUAAAACUAACAAACUCCGAGUGCAGAACAGGAAAGAGCUUAUUGAAAUAUUAUCAACCCGGUAUCCCACUGCUACCAAAAGACUGAGAGACAUAGUAACUUCCAUUCUUCAACUGUUCCUCUGCAACAUCAUAGGAAGAUUUUCAGAAAAAAUGACCACCAAAUGGCUUGAACUCUUUGAAGGUAGUGGUGUUCCAUAUGGUCCAAUCAACAGUAUGCAGCAAGUAUUCUCGGAUCCUCAGGUGCUGCACAAUGGACUUAUCAUGGAAAUGGAUCAUCCAACAGUAGGGAAGAUAGCUGUUCCAGGCCCAGCUGUCAGAUAUAGUGAAUUCAAUGCAUCAAAGCCCAAGCCUCCACCUCUUGUUGGACAGCACACUGUGGAGGUACUGAAGGGUGCACUGGGGUAUGAGGACAAAGCCAUCGAGGAACUUCUCGGGACUGGCGCAGUUGUUCAGCAUGAAGUCAAGUGAAGAGCUUUAACUCUAAUCUCUCAUGCUGAGUUUAUGUUGCUUGUUCUUCUCUUGGAUCCCUUCGUGUCUCCUAAGGAAAUUCAAAGGAGGAGACAUCAUUUAAUUCUUAAUUUUCUUCCUUGUGUUUGAAAUAGAUCUAACACUGACAUAUCAACUAAAGCAAUCUGGUAUUUGCUGCAUGAAAGAAAUGUUUUUUGGGGGUAAAUAUUCCGAUUACAGAAUCCUAUGUGGCGAAUCAUUUCCUAUAUUUUUAUCUGGGGAAUGUAAUUCUUAUCUUAAUCAUGAUAAUUGCCCAAAUGUUUGUCCCCUGUGAAAAGAAGCAGAUCCUUGAAACACUUGCAUGCUGUGAUCUCCAUUUGCACAUAAGCUACUUUUUAAAACAGUUUAGCAUGAAAUCAAAGUUGUGAGCAAAUUGAUCGCCCCUGUGAUUGAUUUUAAACAGAAUUCUGAGUGCAUGAGCUCUUUGUUAAUCUCUAAUUUAAAACAUCGUUGAAGUGCCUAUUGUAAAACUGACUUCUAUUCCCAUGUUCAGUUGUAUAAAUAUUUGCUUUACAUUACAUCGUAUUGUUAUGGCAAUCUUGGAGUGUGUAGCAGAAAUAAACCUCAACUGUUGCAUUUUUCCAGUUACGUAAAAAAAGCAUUUUCCAAACCCAGUUGAGAGUCAAAACAUGAAUGAAUGGUACUGAUCUUUUGUGAUUUUAUUUGGUGAGGCUCUCUGUAUUUUUAAUUGGACAUGGAGCCAAACCAGAACCACAUAGCUGAACACCAUGUUUGGAGGAAAUUUGGGUAUGGGUCUGUGUGCUAGGGACUGCCCUACAUCUCUUUAAUGGCCAUGAUCUCAAUUCCAUUUUACUAGGAGGGAAAUUUAGAUCUGAAUCCAAAUUUUUGGCUCAGGCCUAUGUCUAUAGUUAAAACAGAGCCAGAUUCUGCCAGCCUUGGUCAAAUUCAGUGCAUUAAGGAAUAAGCUGUUACUAUUAUGAAUAAAGGUGAAAGAAUCUGGCCCAUAAUAAAUACCAAGCAAGAGAUUAAAUAAAAGCCACUUCUUCUAUACAAACCAAUUUGGCAGUUCUUCAGCCACAGAAGAAAUGCCAUGCCUCAGUAUAUAAGCAUAUAAUUCACAACUAAAGAAAACUCUGCAUGGGAGGGUUCUAAACUUUGUUGUAUGCAUCAGUGGAGUGAGGCAAUGCCAUUUUAUUCCUAGAACAAAAUAAAAUUAACUGAAACUGAUAUUUGGCAAAUAAUGUCCAUAUUUUUCCCGAUGUAUCGGAAACAGGCCUGGCAUUAUAACUAGCCUGUCACUUUGUUUCCACUUGAACAAACAACAUCCUCUGUAUUACAUUUGAACUUCACAACUGUAUAUUACCUUCUGGGAACAAGAAACGUUAUUACGUAACCAAGUUGAAAUGCACAUUGCGGUUGCUCGUUUUUGAAGCUCUGUGUUUCUGGUUCAUUUGCUUGCUUGUUUUGUGUGUUUUGUUGUGUUCUCUCUUUUCAGAUCUUCUCCUAAUCAUUAUUAUUUUUUUUGUAUUGCAUUCCUGGCACCAGACCUAACACUCUGCUCAUGUGUUAAAGGCAUAAGGAGAUUCUGGACUAGUGACUUCCUAAAUAAAUAUAGAAAUAAGUGUGCAUUGAGAGCCAAAUGAACAGGGAGACCAUAGGGAUAGAACUAGGAUCUGGGGAAAGGGUUGCUAGGCAUUACCAUGUAAUCCACUUUUAAUUCAAGAGGAUCAGCCAGUUUACUGAGAGAAACAAUGGUUUGAAGUGAGCUUCAGAUAAAAUAGAUGAUCUAGCACUAAACUGAGUUUUGUUUAUUGCUGCAAACUAUUUCACACUAUCAAAUCAUGUUUACAAAUAAAUGUGUUGUUUUCACAUAUUGAGGCCAUUCUUUUUCCUUUUUC